CUAUUUUGUAGUCUUAUAAUCAUUCUGUAAAACGCUAAUAAUCAUUUGACUAAAAUCGUUUACUUUCCCUGAUAGUCUGCAGUCUUCUAGUAGACUGUCAGCAGGUUCGAGCAGAAAAUGACGGUAGUCUGCCAUCAACUGCGUCCGCAUUAGACUUUAUCUAGGUUGUUAUUGAAAAUUGCAAUUGAAAAAAAAGUGCUCACUUAGCCUCGAUCUCAUCUAUUAUAAAUCUGAUUGGAAAUAUCUGCUUGAUCUGCCAUCUACUGGAAAUUUGAAUAGUUACAAUACAUUGGAUGUCAUAUAUUGAACCCAGUCGAUUCAUUGGUUUUGUGUUUAUGCUUCUUGUGGUUAGUUGUAAUAAGAGGUUAUAAAUAUGAGUAAUAUUUAUAUACAAGAACCGCCUACUACGGGCAAAGUGGUAAUGAAAACAACAGUUGGCGAUAUAGAUCUGGAAUUAUGGACGAAAGAAGCUCCCAAGGCUUGUAGAAAUUUUAUACAGCUUUGCAUGGAGGGUUAUUAUAAUGAUACAAUAUUUCAUAGAAUUUUGAAAGGCUUUAUAGCGCAAGGUGGAGAUCCAACGGGAACAGGAGAAGGUGGUGAGAGCAUAUAUGGACAUCCCUUUAAGGAUGAAUUUCAUACAAGAUUACGUUUUUGUCGGAGAGGAUUGCUUGCUAUGGCCAAUGCUGGUAAAGAUGACAACGGUUCCCAAUUUUUCUUUACACUUGGCGCAACACCUGAGUUACAAAAUAAGCACACUAUCUUUGGCAAAGUCACUGGCGAAACAAUUUACAACAUGCUUAAGUUAGAAGAUGCACUUGUAGAUGAAAAUGAUAGACCUCAGUAUCCACAAAAAAUUUUAAAAACAGAAGUCUUAAACAAUCCAUUCCAGGAUAUUGUUUCAAGAGUAAUAUCUGAAAAGAAGGAAGAUAGCACAGAGAAAAAGAAAAAUAAGAAGACUGGUGUAAAGAAUUUCAAGCUACUAUCAUUUGGAGAAGAAGCUGAGGAAGAUGAAGAAGAGUCAUCAAUUUUAAACAGACAAUAUAGUGGCAAAGGAAAAUCAGCGCACGACUGUUUAUCUGAUCCAAAGUUAAGUUCACAAUCUGUGAUCGAACCAAGUAAAAAAAUCAAAGAGGAUCGCAGCAGCGAUUGGGAGAGUGAUGAUGAAACACGAACUCCAGAAGAAUUGGCUGCUUUGCAACAAGAAAAAGAAGCUAUGAAAGAAAGAAUCAAGAAUAAAUUGAAGGAUUCUAAAAAGAUUUCCCAAAUAAAACCGAAAAUCGAGAACGAUGAAACAAAAGAUGAAAAUAUAAACGAAAAUGCGGAAAUUGAAUAUUAUUUUGGAAAAGAUCGAGAUGAAGAACGAAAGAAAAAGGCUGAAGCAAUAAGGAAAGAAAUACGCGAUUUAAAGCGUAGCGUACAAAAUGAAAAGAAAGCGAAGGAAAUAGAGCAAAAGCAACAAGCCGAAAAAAAAGGAAAUAAGUCUGAAAUAAUGAAAGAAUACAUAGAGACGCAAGAAAAAUAUAAAAAAGCUAAGGAAAAAUUGCCUAAGAAGGGUAAAACACGUGAGGAUUUCACGAUGGAACUGUUUAAGCAAUUCAGAAACAAACUUCAAAAUGCCAAAGAACACACGAAGGAUGAUAUGACGAGCUCCGAUAAGAAAACGUCAAAAGAUACUGAGGAUGAUAAUUCGCAUGAUGAAUCUUGGUUGACACACGCUUUGCAAUGUGAAGAGAAGGCACCAGUGCUUGCCAAGGAUGCCAGUACAAAAGACGAUGAUUGGUUCGAGAUUUACGAUCCCCGAAAUCCAUUGAAUAAAAGACGAAGAGGAGAGAAAUCUCACAAAUCUAAAAACAACAAAAGUAGCAAGAGUUAUUUCCAUAAUUAAAAUGGUUCAUAAUUGUUAAAUAAUAUAAAAAAAUUAAUUAAAAUGAGAAAUUAUUUUUAAUUACUUAUAUACUUAG